AUCGCAGACCAUACGCGCACUGUUGUGGCAUCGCCACCGUCGCGUCUCACCAACAAUCUCUUAUUUCUUCCGUAAUCAUCAUUGCGGGACAACGACCAGAACCGCCAGCCUUUGGGUGUCAUCAGGGGGGAACUCAUUCUUGUGUUGUUUGGCACUGACGGAUGUGACUACCAUUCGUGCUGGAGGCAACGCCGUCGCCAUUCACCAUGAAGCCCGUCAUCGUGCUGCUCUGCGCAGCCGCUGCGCUAGCAGGUCCUGUAGAACGCAGCAAAACCUGCUCACGGCACUGCACUGAAGGCCGCAAGCUUUCCUACCAACCAGGCACGACGUACGUAUACGACUAUGUAUCGACGACCGAGACAGCAGUGCAAGGCACCACUUCUCAGAAGGUGGCUGUUCACAUGUCCGGCCAGGUUGAAGUCGAACCCCUGGGAUCGUGUGACUUCUUGCUACAGGUUCGGGGCUUCAGCCUGGAGGAAGAAGACCCCGCACGACCUGGACAGCGGAGACCAUCUCCGAGCAUGGCGGAACUGAGGGAUGUGCUGGAACGCUAUCCGCUGCGCUUCUCGUACCAGGACGGGCGCGUGGACAACCUCUGCCCCGCGCUGGGUGAGACACCGAGGGCUUUGAACAUCAAAAAGGCCAUCCUGUCGCUGCUCCAGAACAGCAUGAAGGAGCUGGAAGUCAGCGAGGACGUGACUGAGCUUGACAUCGCUGGCAGGUGCCCCACGAUCUACGAGACGCUACCAAAGGGAUGGUCCUCAAUGAGCAUUCGCCGUAUCAAGGACUUGUCUCAGUGCAAAGAACGCGAGAGUGCCAUCACUGCGCUGCAGGCAUCGUCAAUGGAUCACAACCUGAGGUCGGCGCCCGUGGUCAAGGGUCGCCAAGAGUGCAAGCAGGUGUUCCAGAAUGGCCUCGUUGACAGCGUUGAGUGCAAGGAGUCACACGUGGUGCGUCCCUUCUCCAAGAGCGAUAAUGGCGCUCGCACUGACGUCACGCAGAGACUAAACUUGCGCAGUCAGCGGAGGUCGCAAGCACGCCGCCCAGCGUACACGUCGGAAACUGAAACUGACCUCCUGUUUGACCACGACUACGAUACCGAAGAGUCUUCUAGUUCUCUGCAGCGCGCCGAGAACGCGCUGCAAGCCAUCGCUGAUUCAGCUGCAGAUGCUGUCCAGUCUUCCACUCCUGGACUGUUCACUGAACUCGUGUUCAGCCUGCGCAAACUCACCACCGCUGACUUGGAAUCCCUGUUUCGCAGAGCGGAAAGCAUGUCUCCCAAAGCUAAAAAGUUUCUCUCGGACGCCCUGCCAGCUGCCGGAAGCCCAGCCGCCAUCCGCAUGAUGACCAAAGCCAUGAUCUCAGGACAGGUCGCUGGUGUUGACGCUGACGUAUGGCUCACAUCUCUGGCGUUCGUGUCCAAGCCUACGUCGGAAAUGAUUGAGCAUGCAUUGCCUCUGCUGAAGACGGAGCGAUCGCAGGCCUACCUCGGUGUGUCGACGAUGGCGUACACCUAUUGCCGCAACCACGCCCACUGCGGCUCGGAGCGACCCAUCAAGGAGCUCGUCCGCGCUUUGUACCUGACCCUCGGCGAGAACUGCUACGCCCGCGACGACCGCACGACGCUGAUGGUGCUCAAGGCUCUCGGUAACCUUGGUCAGUCCGAGGGAGCCGAGGAGAUCCUCUACAGCUGUUUCCAGAACCCGCAACUCGACGUUGAGAUUAGACUGGCCGCCGUGCAGGCCUUCCGCCGCUUCGACUGCGACAUACCGCGCAAUCAGAUGCUGAGCAUCUACCAGAAUGUGCACGAGAAUGUCGAGCUGAGGAUCGCCAGCUACUUGGCCGCCAUUCGCUGCGCGAGCAGCCCUGUCAUCGACGCUGUCAAGGACACCCUUCGCACCGAAUCCAUCAAGCAAGUCGGAUCGUUCGUGUACUCCCACAUUCGUAACCUGGCCCGUGAACCGUCUGCUUACCAGGCUGAGUACCGGGUCAUUGCCAAUGACCUCUCACUGAGGAAGCGCUUCCAGCUGGACUUCCGCAAGUUUUCACGCAACGUCCACUACCGGAUGUUUUUUGACCCACUGGACACGGGCUUCGAGCUGGACGGUGACGUUGUCUACACACCAGACUCGUACUACCCGCGGAGUGCCCGCGUGGCCACUUCGUUCGACAUAUUCGGCAAAAAAGUGGAUCUCUUCGAAGCUGGCGCCCGUGCCGUGCACCUGGAAAAGAUUAUCCAGCAGUGGAUGCCGAGUGACAAAAAUGAGGCUCGUGCGAAAAGGGCCAUCACCGAGAACAAUAUCGGCGAGCUAGACCGAAGGUUUGCCAUCAAGUCCAAGUACAGCGGCCAGCCAAAGGCUUCCGCGUAUGUCAAGUUUUUCGGCAACGAGAUCGCCUCACUGCAGCUUGCCGAAGACGCCUCAGCGAGCCCCUACUCCGACAUCAUGCAAUGGCUCUCACGCCUGUCUGAGCCGAAAGGCGUCGAUCUGAGCAAGAGUAUCCUGUUCGCCGACUCCACUCUCACGGUUCCUGCCAGCAGUGGUCUUCCACUUCGUGUCUCGGUCAAUGGCUCAGCCACUGCUGCACUGAAGGUUGGCGGAAACUCGCUAUUCCGCAAGGGAGCCAUCGACAUCACCGGUCUCAUACAGCCCAGCGGUGCCGUUCAGCUGGCGAUGCAGAUGAGCGUGGAUGCGCACAAGUCCACCUCAGGAGUUCGCAUGGUAGCCACCAUGUCAUCUUCCUGGUCUGUGGAUGGCUCCUUGCAGAUGCAACAGGGCCAGGCCCUCAAGGCCAAGCUCAACAUGCCGGAGAAAAAAAUGGAACUUAUUGACGUCAAGAGCAAGAUAUUCUUGGUGAACGGUGCCUCAGAGCUGGAGCACCGAAACGAACCGCAUAGCAAGCUGGAGACAGAGGCGUGCACGGGAGCCACCCUGGAGCGCACGUUGGGUCUCCGGCUGUGUGGACGUGCUGAAUUCCCGGUGUCGAGGCAGACGUACCGCUCUCCCAUGUACCCGUUCAGCGGCAACGCUGAGCUCAGCGUGAACCUCAUCAAGGCUGACCCGACUCUAACGGCUUACGAAUUCGAGGCCAGUUGGACGAACACCAAGGACCUCGUGGGUGCAGUGGUCAGCAUGAACACUCCGGGAACAAAGACGGAUCGCGAGAUCACGGCAUCGCUGCAGCACAGCCUGCGGGACGGAAGUGUCGCACUCAAGAUGAAGACGCCGUCAAAGAAACUCUCUAUUGAAGGCCGGUACAACUUUGACGAGAAGCUGAAGAAGUUGAACCUGCAAGCCCAGGCUGACGAUGAGGCCAUCUUUCAGUUCAUUACUGAGCUGAAGGCAGAUGCUUCCUCGGGUCACAACGGAAUCAGUAAAUACACACACGUAACGGACGUCAUUUACCGUGGUGAGAAGAUGGUGCUCAUCAAUGGCCAGUGGGCCGCGAUGGAGGGACGCAAGUACAGUGGCAACUUGAACAUCGAGAAAAUCACCCAGCAGCCAGUCGAAAUGAAAAUGGACGUGGACAUGACGGACAAGCGUCGUGUGCGCUACGAGGGCUCUGUCCGCUCGUUCUUCGUCAACGGAGCCGUGAGCGGCUACACUCAGACGGGCGACAACUGGUCGACCAAGGCGGACGGCGAGUUCAGCAUGAUGGGUGGUCGACCCGAGAAGGUCGGCCUGACGGCCAAGUUCCGCGACCUGUCGUCGGGCUCGCUGGCGAAGUACAGCGGCGCGGCCUCCUUCCAGAACACCUUCCACCCAGCGCUCAACACGGAGCUCCUGUGGGACUGCCAGAAAACAGAUGGGCAGCUUGAGAACACGCUCCAGAUCUUGCGCGGGGAGGGCGGAAAGAAAAGUGGCAACACCAUCAAGCUCCAGCAGAUUGCACGCUACACCGGUACCCUGGCAAACAACAAUGCUGGUCUUUCGCUCAAACUCGCGUACCCGAAGAAGCGCAUUGAUUGGCAGCUGGAGAUGAAGCAUGAGAACACGCCAAACAGCCUCCUUAAUCGCAUGCAAAUAACUUACGCUCCCUCGAGGCAAAUCAGCACCGUCAUUGACCUAUCGAUUUCCCCUGCUACCAAGGCCGACCUCCAGCUGAUCUACCCUGGUCGUGAAAUGAAGAUAGGUGCAAACUAUCGCCGUACUAUUACCGAUGAGCACCACGGUGAGGCCUUUGUGCAAUGGAACAGAGACAAGAAGAUUGAGGCUUCGGGAACCUUCAAGCCUGGUAAUGAGAGACGCCAGUACAACCCCAGCUUUGAGGCCGAAAUACGAAUUCCCAACCAGCGUCCGGUCACCGCCAGCGGAUCACUGAUGGUGUCCCGGGGACACUACAGCGUCAAAGCUGCAUCACAGUGCAGUCACGGGAAGUAUGAAUUGGGCGGCAACUAUCGUUUUCCGAAUGCAUACAGUCACACCGUUCAGCUUAGUGUGAGAACGCCUCAGGAGAGUUACUCGGCGACGGGUAGCAUGAAUGCCGCCUCAGAAAAAACUACCGCCAAUGUCAAUGUGAAGCUCGGUCGUUAUCGCGAGAUACUGGCCAAUGCUGAACUAGCUGCAACAAGAGAGAGCAAGUCAUUCAACGUCGACUGCCAAUGGGACGCCACCCGUGACGCGUCAAGGCGUGCCAGCGUCAAAGCUGAGGUAAUCCGAGUUCCGAGUGGUUACAACGCUAACUUUGCUGUCAAGUGCCCAAAGCAAGACAUUCGAGGAAGUGUCGCCACAACUAUUGAAGGAACAGCUGACUUUGGUGUGCCGCUUCGUGUCACCAGUCACGGAGAACUCGAAUGGAUGCCCCGAAGGAAGAUCACUUAUGUUACAAGCUUGGACUGGAACCCAGACUACAGGGAACGCACCCUUAAAGCUGAUGCUCAGAUUACUACACCAUUUCAUUCCAUUGAUAAAAUUGGUCUCCUCAUUACGCACAAUGUUAACGGCCGAGAGUGGAACUCGGAAAUUAAAAUGACGUUGCCAAAAAACCGCAUUAUCGCUCUUUCCACAGACGGUCUUUACCAGUCGGAUCGCGUCCGCAGAAACGCGCAAAUGACAGUGAAACUUCAGACGCCUUCGAAUAGCAAGUACAGCUUGGAAGCCGCGCAUGGAGCGUCCCACUAUGACACAAACAACAAGGUGUCACUUCAAUGGGCUGACGACAAGGUUCUUUCCGCUGAAGCCAGUGGCGCCUACGGACGGGGAUUGCUGAAGGCGAAGGCUGAGGCCAUAACUCCCAUACCUGGGUAUGAAAGGCUGACCGCUUCGCUCGAGCAUGUGCACACGCUGGAAAGCAUCAAGUGCCAGGCUGUUGCACAGUGGAGCAGCUACAAAAGAAUUACGCUUAACAUCGACGGGCAGGUGAACAGGAAUGGCGAGAAGGGUAGCUUUGAUGGCAAGCUGCACAUAGCUACACCGUUUAAGGGCGCGGAGCAAUUGACGUCGCAGCUCAGCUUCAGCAAUGAUGCACGCAAGACGAUUGCCAACUUUGAAGCUGCCCGCAACAGAGACAAGAUUGCCGGCGGAUUCAUGAUGUCUGUGAUACAGUCACGCUACGACAGAGCCCGUGAAAUCAAAAUACACUUUACAAGUCCAUUGUAUGGAUAUGAAAACCUUGAAGCGAGCGCGUCGUACUCAGCUGGCCAAGAAACGUCUAACGCAGUCUUCACAGCGCGACUCCCGUACAGCAAGAAAGUGUCCAUGCGAAGCCAAGGAAAAAUCACAUCCGCUCACGACUUUGCAUUACUUCUCCACAUGCAGCUUCCAGUGCAAAACUACGAACGAAUUAACAUUGAGGUUUCUCACGCUGCCACGAAUCGCAAUGCCAAGUCAACUGGUCACAUGGCCAUCGGACCUAAGAAGUUCACUUUGGAAGCAAAUGGUGAUUAUGCAUUCGGUCUAGGAAGCCACGAGAUUACGGGUCAAAUACUGAUUACAACACCAAUUGCAGAGUAUCAGCAGAUAACGAUUGACUUGAAGCAGGCAAGAUCAGGUCUCAACUAUGACACAAGCUUCCAAUGUACAUCGAGCAGCUCAUCCCUUACCAUGAGUCACCACUUGAUGAUUCGGGACAUCAAUAACUUUGAGCAGAGCCUUGAGGUGUCAACGCCAUUCAGUGUCCUGCCAAUUCUGAACAUCAAAAACAAGCAUCGUGUCCAAAGGAGUACAGCUUACCACAGCAGCGAAAUGGAAUGGCAAAACCACAAGAGGUUGUCAGUAAUUAUCGAUGCGUCUGCCUCACCAUCUAACUACGCCAAUGAAGCAGAGGUAAAAAUUGAGCUCUAUUCGCCAUGGCGUAUCCUUGGUAGUGCUAAUGUCAAUGCUAAGUACAGUUCUAACAGCCAAGAAAUCGCGCCUCGACUAAACGUGGAAUGGAACCGAAGCAACUACAUUUCCGUUGAGGGUACGCUCAGAACACGGAGCUACCUUACUGCAGAAGGAAAGCUCGCAGUCACGAGUACUAUCAGGCCGGUCCAAGCUGUAACGCUCAGCACAAAGUAUGACAUCGCCAACGAGCAGAAGUCCGGUGAGCUGUCCGUACAAUGGGGUCCACGUCCCAAAGACAUCGUCUCUCUCACAGUCACGGGUUCACACAGACCACGCAGUGCAGACAUAGACAUUGCCCUUACCAGUCCCAUUCGCGGUUAUGAGCGAAUUCAGUUGACAGGAAACAUGGCCACAAACGGGCGAGGAAUAAACAGUAUGUUGUCAUUCUCAUCACAACAAACUAAAAAGUACGAACUAACCGCUGAACUCAAGAACACGCCUUUCGGCUCUGCCAUUGAAUUAACACUCAUCGCACCUAUCCGUGGUCUCGAGAGGCAAAAACUUUAUGGCGAAUACAACCUUCACUCCAACAAAAUCACCUCCAAGUUCAAUGCAGAAUGGCAAGGAAAGUCGAUUAAUUCCGAGUCGGAACUGUCACAAACAGAACGUGAAACAAAGGCAAAUCUAGUUAUCAACACUUCAUUUCAUUCCAUGAGGAACAUUCGUGUGAGUCUAAGCGAAAGCUCUGUGCCCAACCUAAGGACUCUUUCGGGUACAGUUCAAAUAGACAAGAAGACAUUUGAACUUAAUGGCCUAUUGGAUGCAUCAAGCCCUUCAAUAAAACUUGAGUUCCGAAGUCCCAUAGAAAGCAUGAAAUUUCUUGAGUUUAAAAGCAACUUGCAGCAAGGUAGCCAGAAGAUCAAUGGAAAUAUAUCAUUCCGCUGGUCUCCGGACAGCAUCAUUGCAUUACAAACAGAAUGGAUGGCGCCACUGUCAUGCAAUGUCGUUCUGGCGACUCCUUUUGAAGGAUACCGUCGCUUAAGCUUAAACACUGUCUUCGAUGUGACACAAAACAACAAGAGGGCGAAAAUUGUACUGGAAAAAGAGAACAACAAAGUAUCUUUGACAGGAUCCAUUCUCCGCACUGAACGAGAGUAUAAGAUUAACAUUGAUUUGGCAACACCUAUCGAGCCCUUGAAAUUUUUGAAAAUAUCCGGGGACCUGAAGAUGAACGGCAUUAGGGACCUGAAGGGAACAUUCAAGCUCCAGUCCCCCAAAAGUGUUUUUGGAGACAUACAGAUGCUUGCUGAAUACCAAAAUCUCGGUGAAUUGGAGAGAUUGUUAGUGUCUGCGAGUGCUGCUGAUUCCAAAUAUGAAAUUAGGGCAACAAGGUCAUUUAACGGUAAAGCUACAACAGAAGCUAGUCUUCAGACUGAAUACUCUCGCUUUGAAAAGCCAAGCUCUAUUCUGAACAUAAACAUAAAGAAUGAGGCUUUCAAGGCUCUUACCGGGAGCUUCCUGUUUUCACACAAUGGACGUGAUCAUACCUUUGCAUUGAGCAUGAAAAACCGUGGCCCGUUUGAAGGCUCUAUUGAAAUUAAGUGCCCCAACUUACCCGGAAACAAGGCAUCCCUCACUUAUGUAGUAAACUCUCCUACUAGCUACUUUGCAGAUUUUAGGGUAACCGGCGAGUAUGCACUCAAGACACACGUCAUCGAGGGCAGCUUUGAGAACAAGCCCUCCGGCAUAGAAACACAACUCAGGAUGAAUAGCCCUAGCGUUCGGCAAGGACCGGUGGCUGCACGCCUUCUCUUCUCUUCACCAAUCCGCGGCAGCGUCAAGGGUGUGCUCAGCCUCGGAUUCGAAAGGGACAUGAACACCAUCAGCACCGAACUUAACUGGGACCACCACGUAACGAAGGGUAAAAUGGACGUUGAAUCCAGCUACCUGCCAGGUCGUACUCUAAAAGCUGAAGGCGUCAUUACAACUAACAUGCAAGGAGCUGACCUCUCUAUCACGUUUGAGAGUGGCCGGAAGACCCACUUAAUGACCGGAAGCUGGAAACGGGUUCCCGAAAGCACCGAUGCGCAGUUCCGGAUCGAGUCGCCACUGCUCAGCGCGAAGACAUUGACUGGAAACUUCAACUACAGGAGUGAUUUCAGCAGUGGCCGUAUCGAGAGCUCUCUCAUCUUCUCAACACAGCGCCGAAGCUUCAAUACCUUCGUGGCCAUCUCGGCAAGGGAUCUGAGUGCAGUGGAAGGCAACGUGAAAAUUGAAACUCCUUUUGAGGCGCUACGCUUUGCUGACGUGAAUGCCAGAUACACCUUUGUACGAAACAGCGCGGUUCACUGGUCCGUUGGCAUCAAGUCAUCGGCACCUAUCUUACGAGACAUCGAUAUAUCAGGCAAAGUGAGGAGACAGGAAGGGUCCGUAGAAGCCACCGUUCAAGGACGCCUACCGACCAAAACGCUUUCAAAUUUCGAGUCGACUUUCGUAUGCACACACAACGAAGACUUCACAGCUAUGUCACCUCGACUAAGCAUACUUCUUCCUGGCAUCACGUACACAAGCGAAGCUGAAAUUCAGCUCUACCCCGGCAACUACUACUUGAGUGCGAGCCAUGAGUGGGGACAGCGUCGAAAAAUUCAUACUACACUCAGUGUAAAAAAAUCACACGGAGCUUUCGAUCUUCAGGCCGCCCUGUCCACACCUUUUCAGAACCUGGAGAGCAUUGCGGCAGGCAUGGCGUGUGGUAGGGAAGGUGGAAAAACAACGUUCAAGGCGACAUACAAAGGACCGAGAAACGAGCUGUACGAACUACAACACGCCCACAGCUACCACGGAUCGCUCAACUUCUUUGUCGAAAACAGCAUUGCAACUCCUCACGACGGCCUCCGUUCCGCACACUUGAAAGUACAGCAGCAAAGGAGUCGUUCUCGCCUGGUGACUGACAUUCAGUGCAACCUCGAAGCCUUCAAGGCCUCCUUGAACGUCGACCACGACCAAAGAAACCUGAAGGGCAGCAUCAUGGCAACAUCAAGUGCACCGCAGCUUCGCAUUCUCCAGGCAACGUACGAGCUUAGCCGGUACAAACUGGAUGGCACUGUUAACUACAAUGAUCAGCAGGUUGUCAAAGUUGCCGGUGCUGCCGAGUAUGUGAAAAGUCUUCGCGCCCACAGGUGCGAACUUGCUCUUAAUGUGCCAGCUUUGCAACUUGCCAUGGAGGGAGGCUACAAGCCGAUCAACUCCGGCCGAGAGCUUAGCGCUAAGUUCAACUCAGCUCGUCGGACCAUUCAGCUGCAGACGCUCUGGCAGAACCAUCCUUCCAGUUUCCUCCACCAGAUGUCACUGAAAUGGGGCCAAGACCACGGCGAAGAGUUCUCCUACGAUGUCAGACGUACCCGCAGUACGCGACGAGACCUCAUCAACACAGAUGUGUCCUGUAAAGUGAACUUCCCUCUAAGGUCUUUUGAGGUGCGUGCCAGCCAGAGCCAGAGGAGGAAUCUGAACAAUUUGUCCUGCGAACUAUUCUGGGACGCCGCCCGCGACCAAAGUAAACAUGUGACCUUGACGAUGGAGCACCAAAACCUCAGCAGUAGGUCUGCAUGGGCACACAAGAUGUCGGCCUCUAUCAAGCACCCAAAGCUUAACAAGGACAUCACGAUGCGCCUCGAAGGUUCCCUGAGCGGAGAAGAAGUCCACGGUAAGACGGAGCUUGAGUACUCGCCCGACGCACGGCACAACGUGGUGCUCGAGGGCCGCAUCAAGAAGCACGGUCGCUCCCACCUGAGCGCCGAGCUCAUCGCUCGCCAGCCCGUGUCCCUGAUGGACAUUAGCACCGCGGCUGAACUGAAGAAUGGCCGAGACGAGGCUACAGCGCAGGUCACCAUCAACUACAUGAACCGCAACCGCCAGAUGCGAGUGCAGGAGCUGAAGGCAUCCAUAUUCAAGCUUCGGCAAGCUAUCGACGUACUUCUCCGAAGCGGACAGGACCGCAACCAGCUCCAGGCCGAAAUGUACGAACAAGGCCAGGAAAUGGGAAUGAGACUGCAGCACCAGUUGAACGAGCUUCCUCCAACCAAGGCACACGUGCGUGUAAGCAAGAGGCACAGCAACGUGGAGCUCGUGUUCAUGGCAUCUGAUACAUCAAGCGCCAAGGUAUCCGCUACGGCAUCGAUGGACAACCGCGAGAUUAGGCUGUCACAUACGACACUCGGACGCAGCGUGUCGGACAUUCUCAUCAAGCUCGGCCUCCAAGAGAAGCGUUUCCUCUCCUCCGAGAUCAGCUGGAGGCCUGAACUCGCCAGAGAGGCUUCGAGCUAUGCCCUGGACCAGUACGGCAGCAUGCGCAAUCAGCUCUACGACAUCUGGCAGAGCUUUAGCGUAGAAACACAACAGGAGCUGCGAGCCAAGCGCUUUAUGAUGGGCCGCUCCCUCAGCACCGAGGUGAGACCGCUUCUGCAGGACAUCGCCAGGGACUGGCGCGAUCUGCACUUCGAAGUCUCAAGAGCCGCUGAGACGAUGAAAGAGCUCUACCACCGGGACCAGUUCUACUUGAAGACCGUGGUGAACGCCUGCUCUGGAGCAUUUCUUGCUGCUGGGCAAAUUGUCGCCGAUUCCUGGCGCCUAAUUGUCACGGUGGGCGACCACAUGGUGCGCUACACCUCCACCUGGAUCACGUGCGCGUGCGACAAAAUCGCUGACGCCAUGGAACGCUUCGCCCAGUCGAGCCGCCGCACGCUCAUCUUCGCCGAGCGCCUACUGGUCGUGUUCAUGAACCGCGCCGCCCUGGCCCUCUCCGACGCCACCGAAUACCUCGUUUACAAGCUGGAGCAGCUGACGAACGUUGCUGCCGAGUAUGUGGUCAACUUCUGCGAGCGCUACGGUCCCUCAACAGCCGGCGCCCGUGAACUGGCGGACAAGGUCAUGGAAGCCAUCUCUCUGUACACAAACCCCUUGGCCCAGCGAAUAUUGAAGAACGCCUUUGUUCAAGGAAUGUGGCGAUACAUUGAGCGCACCAUAGCCACACUAAAUGCAUUCAACGUUGAUUCAGGUGACCAGAGCUACCACUACGCUUAUGACACUGUGAGCAACGCUGUCGGCGAUGUGUAUGAAAACGUUGUCUACCACCCGCACGUACAGUACGUCAGCCAAGUCACCAACAAUGCCAUCCGCAAGAUCCGUGAAGUCAGUGACCGGCUCGGUUUACAUGACGCGGCGGUCGCCGUCAUUGACAUGGGGGCCAAGCAAAUCCAGAACAGCAUCGUGGAAGGCUUCACAGACGCCAUUCGCGAAUACUCCAACCUGCGUUCGGGGCUGCGGUACGAGUUCGCACCGAAACGCGGCCUCAUUCUUGCCGAGCUGCGCCUGCCGGCUCAGAAAGAGAGCCUGGCUCAGGCUUUCGACGUUAGCAGCUACCCCGAGUUCGACCACCUGGUGGCUGCCAAGGACCGCUUCUACGACCUUGGAACCAACUCAUUCUGGGACGCCUUCUACCAGUACAGCCUCGCCACCGACCCACAGGCUUGGGUGCCGCCUUUUAAAGCCCGCGCCCUGGUGGCUGGUUCUCAGCAUUACCGAACCUUCGACGGCUUCCACUUUGAGUUUGCUGGCGAGUGCAGUUACCUGCUUGCCAAAGACUUCCUCAACGACAACUUUGCGGUGGUCAUCAACUACGCUCGCGAUGGACAGCGCGUCACUAAGAAGUCAAUCACUGUGAUCACCGACGGCGGCCGCUUCGACAUCAGCACCGACUACAAGGUCACCAAGGCAGGCAACAAGAUCGAGCUUCCAGUCCAGGAGAGAGGCACCACCAUCUAUCGCUCCGGUCACGUGAUCACUGUUGAGAACGACAACGGCCUGAAGAUCAGCUGCAACUUGGCAUACGACCAGUGCGUGACGGAGGUCACCGGAGCCUACUUCGGCAAAACGGGUGGUCUUCUGGGAACCUACGACUACGAGGACAAACUGGACCUCAUGACACCCGACAGGAAGAUCGUACAAGACACAACGGCGUUCGCCAGUGAAUGGGAAGUGGGCCAGGGAAGAUGCCGGAACCAAAGAAAUCUCGCCCAGUCAGCGGUCACCGAGCCGAAAGCGACGGCCUUUUGUUCCAAGUACUUCGAGAAGGAAGAGUCCCCGCUACGCAGUUGCUUUAAGAUGGUCGACCCAAAGCCAUACAUGAAGAUGUGCCUCCACGACAUGAACGCCGCCAUUUACAGUGACGACAUGGAGAGCCAUGUGUGCCUCAGCGCCGCCGCCUACAGGGAAGAAUGCCGCGAGUUCGGAAUUUCCCUGGACAUGCCCCGGAUAUGCGUGCGUUGCGCCAAGCCCGACGGUGCGGAGAUGCUGGCUGGUGACAUUGCGACCGUGACGGACCAGGAUUCGGCUGCUCCCACGGCGGACGUCGUGUUCGUGGUGGAGCGCAAGCUGUGCAACAAGAAUGUGAUCCCCAACCUGAUACGCUUGGCCCAGGGCAUCGAGGAGCGGUACGCGGCGCGCGGCUUCCUCGACACUCGGUACGCCGUGGUGGGAUUCGGCGGCGACGGAUUCUACGAGAGACCACAUGUCGUAACGGCUGACGGACAGAUAUUCAGCAGCAUUCGCGCCCUGGUCUCGGCUUUCGGAAGCCUGACCAUCGGUGACGGUGAGAGUGAUCCACUUGCAGCCGUCGCUUACGCUGGACAGCUGCCAAUAAGAAUGGCCUCGGCACAGACCAUGAUUCUCGUCAAGUGCACCACAUGCAAGCCGAAUGAUGAUAGCUCCAUGUACGCCGAUAUCUACCGCAUGCUGAUCGACCGCGGAGUCCAUCUACACAUUCUGGACGACGACGACUUCAAUGUUCGCACUGCCUCGAAGCCGUCUAAGAGCAAGCGCAUCUUCGGCGUCGACCACCGGUUGGCCUUCACGGUCAAGGAUGUCAAGGACAUGCUGGGUGAUGCCGAGCUGCACUCACAGAUUCGGCUGCCCAAGGACUUCUGCGUGCCACUCGCCCUGGAGAGCAACGGCACGCUGUUCAGCUCGAUGAAGAUGUUCGAGAAGCGCAACUUGAACAAGAAGUUCCUGGACGUCAUGUCCCGCCGCGUCGCCAUGUCCAGUGCGCCCGACUGCCAGAUCUGCGAAUGCGUCAGCCUCGACGAUGGCGUCGGCCAGUCGCUCUGCUCCCGUUGCGUGUCGCCCACCCUGGGACCCGUGCGGUCGCCCGACUUCUCGCCGUCCAUGUACGAGGAAUCGGUGGAGCGGAAAACCUACAAGAGGCCAAAGACCAAGAAGCUUCGGGCACAAAAUCUGAAAUGAAUGCAUUUUUUCAUAAAAUAACUAAUUAAAUGAAGCGCUACGCACAGAAAGAGGAGAUACAAAGGGACGUCACGAUUAUUACGGGCCAAACCUGGAGAAACGUUAGCGCAUAAAGACUGAAUUUGACGUGUUUUAGUUUUUUACGUUAUUCUGCGUUGCACAUGCUACUGGAGUCUAUAAAUAAUUCAACCUUUGUUCUCUCCUCAAUGUCUACCACCGUUUCACAUUUUUUGCCACCAGCCCCACUGCGUGAUGUUCAAUGCAAUAAAGACGUGA